CCGUUGCCUAGGAUGUUGUUUCUCCUCACUACUACUCAUACACGAUGGCAGCGCCGACAUUCCACGCACGGAGCUUGACAGAGCUCAUCGCUCUCCGGGCUGACACACAGCCCGACGAUCCGGCCGUGCACACUGGCAUACCCGAGGACGCGAGCCGUUUGCAGACUUUGACAUAUUCUGAUAUCCAGCGCGCGGUCGACCGCCUCGCAGCGUACUAUGCACCGCUGGCACCUGUCCCCGUCGAGGGCCAGGUGCCCCGCGAGCAGGUGGUCGCCGUGCUCGUGUCCACCGCCGUCGACGAGUCGCUGCUCGAGAUCGCGCUCGCCAAGCUCGGCCUCGCGCCGCUCUUGUUGUCAGUGAACAACUCGGUGUCGGCCAUUGCGCACCUGUGUAAGAUCACACGCGCGAGCCACCUGAUCUACGGGCCAAAGUUUAUCGAGACGGCACACGACGCGCAGCACCUCCUCGGGCAGGAGGGCAUCAGGCUCGACAUUACCGAGGACAAGCGGUUCCCCCUCUGGGGUAAGGGGGGCGUGCGCGAGGACACGAUCGAGCCCUUCCCGGCCCGCUUGGCCCCCGACGUGGAGAGCAAGCGUACCUGUGUGAUCCUACACUCGUCUGGCAGCACCGGCUUCCCCAAGCCAGUGUACAUCACCCACUAUGGCAUGAUCGCCAACGCGGCCAACAGCGUGCCCAAGACGGGCUUCAGUGCGCUCCCCCUUUUCCACGGCUUCGGACACUUUAGCAUCUUCCGGUGUAUCUACCACGGAAAGGCGUUCACCCUCCUGCCCCCACACCUGCCCAUCACGGCCGACAACAUUGUUCGGACAAUCGCAAUGUCCCCCACGCCGCCGGUGCAACACUUCGCCGUUCCAUACGUACUCAAGCUGCUGUCAGAGUCCGAGGCAGGGACCAAGAGCCUCGCGGCGAUGGAGACGGUGUCGUAUGCCGGUGCCGCGGUACCCGACGACCUUGGCGACCGCCUUGUUGCGGCUGGGGUACCUCUGAUGUCGGUGUUUGGAACAACAGAAACAGGCGCGCUCAUGUCGUCGAAGCGAGACUACGCGACCGACAAGGCGUGGAACUGGGUUCGCGCAGAGGGCCUCGUUUCAAAAUACAUCGAGCUGGUGCCCCAUGGUAAGGGGACGUUUGAGGUUGUUGUGCUGGACGGAUGGCCGGCCAAGAUCAUGUCCAACCGCAAGGACGGUGCCUACGCCACUAAAGACCUCUUCCUGCAGCACCCAGAUCACCCGUCGUGGUUCAAGUACAUUGGUCGACUGGACGACACGCUCACACAUACGCUGGGCGAGAAGACCAACCCCGUGCCGCUGGAGCUUGCGAUCCGUGGCAACUCGCGUCUGAUCCAAGAAUGUAUCGUGUUCGGCGACGGACGCCCCCACACGGGCUGCCUGAUCCUGCCGUCGGACGAGGGCGCGCCGCUCGCCGCCGAGAGCGCACGCAAGUUCCUCGAGGCCAUCUGGCCCGUCAUCGAGGAGGCCAACUCGCACGCGCCGACGCACUCACGUAUCCUGAAGGACAUGGUCGCGUUCCUCAAGUACGGCACGGAAAUCCCUGUCGCGACCAAGAUGAGCAUCCUCCGCCCGGCGUGCUACUCCAAGUUUGCCAAGCACAUCGACUACGUCUACGAGAAGUUUGAGAAGGGCGGGAGCAACAAGACAAAGACCAAGGUCACGUACACUUCGCAGAAGGAGAUUGAGCAGUUCCUACUCGGCAAGGCGGGCAGGUUCUUCGCGGGCGGCUCACGACAGUAUGCUUUGACGGAGGACAGCGACCUGCACGAGAUGGGCGUGACUUCGCUCCAGGGCGCUCAGCUGCGUAACGAGAUCCUGAAGGAGUACGACCUCGAAGGCGCAACCCUCGGCACCAACGUCGUGUACGAGCUCCCGACGAUCAAGCAGCUCGCGGCGCAUGUCGUCGCGCUGGCCACUGGACAAACCCGCGCUCUGGACGAGGAGGAGACGCCCGAGGCAGCCGAGAGCGCGCACAAGAUGAUGCUCGCCAUGGUCGAGUACUGGUCCAGCAUGAUCAAGAAGCCCAAGACCUACGUCCCGGCCAAGCAGGGCAGAGUCGACCCGUACCAGGCCUUGCCGCGGACCAUCAUCCUGACAGGAGCGAGCGGCGCGCUCGGUGCCCACCUGUUCUGCCUGCUCAAAAAGCUCUUCCCGAAACAUACCUUGGUGUGCUUCAUGCGCUCGGGCGGCGAGGACGCCAUGCGGGAUUCCCUCCGUCUCCGAGGCCUCGCCCACGAGAACCUAGGGGGCAGGUUCAUCGACGUCGACUAUGCCAAACCCGACUUUGGCAUCAACUCGACCGACUACAACUACCUCGCUGCGAGCGUCGAGCUCAUCCUGCACUGCGCGUGGCCGGUAAACUUCUCCAUGACGCUGCCGAGCUACGAGCAGCAGAUUGCGGCACUCGUCAACCUCAUCAACCUCGGCACCCAGGGCAACCGGAGAUCCCCGCCCCCGGCGUUCGUGUACAUCUCGAGCAUCAGCACCGUCGCCGGCCUGCCAGCAGACGACAUCGUGCCUGCCGACUUCCCCGCAGCGCCAGAGCUCGCCGCGCCGAUGGGAUACGGGCGGAGCAAGUGGGUUGCGGAGCACCUCGUGCGCGAGGCAGGCAGGAACCAGCCCGCGGCGGUCAUGCGCGUCGGCCAGCUCACUGGCGACCUGACCUGGGGCUUGUGGAACUACACCGAGGCGUGGCCUCUCCUCUUCCGCUCGGCGGAGACGUUCCGCGCGCUCCCGGUGCUGGAGGAGCAGCCGCAGUGGCUGCCCGUCGACCAGGCGGCGGGCAUCAUCGUGGAGAUUGCGUCGAGUCUCGUGCACACGCAGCGGGGCAAGGCCGGCGCGGCGGUGUUCAACGUCGUCAACCCGCACGCUGGGAAGUGGGACGACGUGCUCACUGGCCUCGAGGAGGCCGGCGCGACCUUCAUCCGUGUCAGCCCCGAGUUCUGGCUCAAGAAGCUCUCCGAGUCCGACACGGACCUCGAGAAGAACCCCACCCGCAAGCUCCUCAAGUAUUACCAGAAACGGUUCGGCACCGGCGCCAAGCCGCGCAAGCCGGUCAAGUUUGACCUGCGCAGCGUCGAGCGCAUCAGCCCGACGUAUGCCCGCCUCAAGCCCAUCGAUGCUGCACACGCUGAGCGGCUCAUGCAGUCGUUGAUGUGCUUCAAGUGGGACCCGAACAACAUCCCAGAGGAUCUCGUGGGGGAGCACUACGUUCCAAACUACCGGCCCACUUAGUGGGUGAUCGUGUACUAUCUGUAGUGGCUAUAAUGCACUUUUGUAUGAUCUGACCUGGA